CUCGACAGAUAGUCAUCUGUAUUGUCUCUGUGCGGAUUGUUAUACAUAUACUUUUAUAUAGUAAAUUUGUGACUUACCUUUGCCAAUUUUUUUAGAUGGCUACAAAACCAUUGACCAGUGAGGCAAUUGCUCUCACAGAGAAGAAAAUGGACAUGGCCUUAGAUGAUAUAAUUAAGAUGUCCAAGCAAACAAACCCCAGAGUUAAACAGCAGCAGAGGGUUUCUAAUAAAAACCAAAAAUUCUUGAAUGCUGGAUCUAACCAAGGGAAUGCAUCAAAGAUGCGCCGUUUUAUGGAUUCCAGAUCCUCCAUUAGACAGGGGGUUCUUGCUCAGAGAAGGUCAAAUUUCCAAGGUAAUCAGUUCCCUAUGGCAGCUGAGGCUGCCAAGAAGGCUGCAGCUGCUCCUAUUCGUCCCAGAGCUCUUGGCCGUAAUAGGAUGGUUAACUGGAAUAAACCAAGGAUUGGAGCAGCCCCAGCUCAGAGGAGGGUUGCUGAAGGAGGUUUUGCUGGGAAGCAACAACAACAGCAGCAGUUGCAGGCCAAGGUAGUGCCUAAGCAGAGGCCUCAGACUUUGGACUCUUUGUUUGCAAACAUGAAAGAACAGAGGAUGAAGACAUUGUCUCAACAGAUGAAUGCACGACAUAUUGGUGGAUCCCAGCAACACCAGCGGCGAAGGGGUCAAUUUAACAAUUAUUCCAAAUAAGCAGACCUAUGUUCUUCAUGCGAGGAGAAAUGUGGUGUAUCUUGGUUAUUAAAAUCUCUACGCAUGCCAUGUGGUACUAAUAGGUGGAUUUCUCUAGCAACCCUCAAGUCUGUGAUCACCAGCAAACAGCCCUUUUUUUAUUAUAUUUUUAGCCUUAAAACACUUUUCUUCUGUAUCCUGACCAUCUCGAAUAGAGGAACUUGUAGAUAUUUUCAGUUCUUUUUUCGAUCUGAGAUAUGGAAUAGUGUCACAUCUGGUGUACAUUGGGAUGGUGGCUAAAUUUUGGUGGUGCCCAUUAGAGCAGCUGAUACACUUAACUAUGUUUUGCUAUUUCAAUUUCUUCCUGUAUCUUAGCUGGCUUCAGUACCUAUUAGUGGUAUCUUAGCUCA